AUGGCUACUCAAACACCUAACAAUUCCUCUCAGCAGGCUACCGAAGAACCGCAUCAAAAUAAACCGAAACGGAUUAGGAUUUGGUUAAACGAUGAAUCCGACUGCUACAAGUUACUCAUUGAUCCAAGGGCGGUGAAAAAUUGGACUCACGUACUAAAUUACAUAUCUAAAGAAACGAAAUCCAGAUUUGGGCCUAUCAAAAAGCUUAUAUCGUUGAGGACAAUGGCACCUGUUACUAGCUUCGAAGAACUGGAUACGAGUGGGAAAUAUGUUGCUCUUGGAUAUAACCAGAAAUUAAGGAUUGACAAAGACUUAUACCGAACCUCUUCCGAAAAAGAAACAGCCGCAGCAAAGCCCAUAAGAAGACACUACGUAGGCGAAUUCGACUCCAAGAUCCUCCCCUUUCUAAAAAUCACCAAGAAACACAAUCUCACGCUCGUCUACAUGGCGUUGAACGGUGUGCUGGACGGUCCGUUCAAAGUCGUCUUCAAAGCUGUCGAUCUCAAAAAUUGGAACCUUAUCAAAAGUUACGUAACAAAAGUCUUGGGGGUGAAUGAUGGCGUGCAGAACAUAUGCACUGUAUUUGGGGAACCGUUGCAUGACGCCAAAGAAUUCCAACACGGUUGCUUGUACGUGGCGGUGCCAUUUUUUGAAAGAUUUAAAGCUAUGGACUACAUGUAUUUAUUUGGUGAGGAAAACAAAAGUAAACUGGAAUCGUCGUAUCCGUUAGAAAAGUCGAAUCUGAUGAAGAAGACGAUCAAAAGAAAAAAAAAAUCUGUCCUUUCAUCUGAACGAAAAUCAGAGAAUUGCAGUCAGGAGUUUGAUUCGGAUAAUGAUUUUUACACCAAUGGAGAGAUCCAAAGUUCUUUGUUGUCGGGUAGUUCAGAAGAUAUGGAUUCUUCAGAGGCCAUCGACAUGGGUCCAAAUCCUUCAUUAUUGGAGCAAUAUUCUGACUCGCUCAUGCAAGAAACAAAAAGUACAGACUCAGAUGGCUCUGAAGAUGGUCUUAUUUGGCCUUCGAGUCGUCUAAAGCCGACCUCCCUAUCCAGUAAGCAAUCCUUACCGAGCGGCUGCAUUUGCUUGAAACAGAAACGCAAAAACGAGUUGCCCCUGUUGAACAAGCGCAUUCAGAGAUUAACCAGAACCAUUAAAAAAUACGAAAAGAAACUGAUGAGGUUACAGACGAAAUCGUUAGAAAAACAACGCGAAGAAAACAAUGAAGAAGACGCAGAUCUUGAAGAAGAUGAAGAUAUUUUCGAGCAUCACCACUACAAGACUUUUUUCAGGUCAUUUUAG